AUGACAUAUCACCGGUCAUUUGAAGGUGGGAUAAUGAGCUUUGCUACGAACAAGUUUGCCACUGACACCAUCAAAAAAGCAAUACAUGAUGUCGAGAAAGAAAAUAACAUUGCUGGCUUCUUAAACUACUCUAUAGAUCGUAUUGACGAAGAAGACGUUGUGCCUCAUUACCAGAUUGCUAUCUUUUCUACGACAAAAUAUGAUGACACUCUUCUCAAGGUAGUAAUUAUGGAGCUCCAUUACAAAUUGAACAAUCUUAAAGGUACAGCAUACGUCGCUUAA